AUGGGCAACGAACUCCGCGUCCUCCCUGCAAGCGUCGGCUAUGGCAUCGUAAUCGGGAUCGGCGGCAUAUUCGCCCUAUUCAUGCUCAGUCUAACCUGGCUGCAAAACCGAUACACCCGAUUCUCAACCCACCACGCCGAAGAAUUCAACACAGCCUCUCGAUCCGUCAAACCAGGCCUCAUCAGUGCCGGUAUUGUAUCAUCCUGGACAUGGUCCGCCACACUCCUAACAAGCUCAACCUUCGCAUACGAAUACGGUGUCUGCGGACCAAUGUGGUAUGCAGCCAUGGGCACCCUCCAAAUCCUCCUCUUCGGACUGAUCGCAAUCAAAAUCAAAACAAAUGCGCCGGGGGCCCAUACAAUGCCCGAGAUCGUACUCGCGCGCCAUGGGAAGAUCGCACACCUAACAUACCUGUACUACGGUCUGGCGACUAACAUGCUUGUCGGCGCGUGUCUGGUCCUCGGCGGUGCACAGGUCGUCGAGGCGUUGACUGGGAUGAAUGUCUACGCGGCGACGUUCCUUAUUCCUGCUGUUGUAGCGGCGUAUGUGAUUGCUGGUGGAUUGCGGUCGACUUUUAUCGCGGAUUAUACGCACACGGUGAUUCUUUUUAUUGCGAUUUUGGUUUUUGGCUUUUUAAUCACUGCUACGAGUGAUCUCGUUGGUAGCCCGGGCAGGUUGUAUGAUCUCCUGCAAGAGGCCUCGCGGAAGAUGCCGAUCGAGCGGAAUACUGAUGGCUCUUAUUUGGCGUUUCGCUCGGUGGGAGGGUUGAUCUUUGCAUUUGAUUUGUUCGUCGCCGGGUUCACUACUGUCUGGCUCGAUCAGGCGUAUUGGCAGCGGGCGAUUGCUUCGAAGCCGGAGACCUCGGUGAAGGCUUAUAUCCUCGGUGGGAUUGCGUGGUAUGGCAUUCCGUUUGGAUUUGCGACAGUCAUGGGCCUUGGUUGCGCAGCUCUCACUGGUGACCCGCGUUUCCCUACAUACCCAAACCCACUGUCAGCCGAACAAGUUGGCGCAGGGCUGUCUGCACCAGCAACAGCCAUUGCACUUCUUGGAAAAGGUGGCGCGGUAUUGAUGCUGAUCCUGUUGUUCAUGGCCGUGACUAGCUCGACAUCUGCAGAGCUAAUUGCGGUCUCGUCACUGUUAACCUUUGACGUGUAUAAGACAUACUUUCGCCCAAACACAAUCUCGACUGAUCUGGUCAGGGUAAGCCAUUGGGCGAUUGUAGUAUACGCACUGGUCCUUGCAGCAUUCUGCUGUGUUCUCAAUGCGGUCGGUAUCAGUUUGACUUGGGUGUUGACCGUGCUAGGCGUGAUCGUCGGCGGUGCUGCUCUGCCUGUCGGGAUGAUCCUCCUAUGGAAGCCCAUGUCAACUGUUGCAGCUAUUGGCGCGCCAUGGAUAGGCCUUUUAUGCGGUGUCAUCGUCUGGUUCAUUACAGCGUGGAAGCGCAAUGGGUCGAUUAGUGUCGCCAGCACUGGAGAUACGACUAAUGCUCUUGCUGGGAACAUCGCCUCCUUCGGGGGCGGAUUCAUCAUGGCUGUGGUAUUGAGCUAUGCAUUUCCCAAGAAGCAUGAAUCUCCUGAUCUGAAUGCGAUCACUGGUAUUGCAGCGAGCAUCGAGCCUCCGACGCUCGGCCCAGAACAGACACCUCCGACCGCGGAGAAAGAGAACGAGAAGGUCGCGAAGCCAGUCUCGGACGAUAUGUUGAAAUCACAGUCACUGCCUGCCUUCAGGAACGAAUUAGUCGACUACCUCGAGUCCAGCACCAUCGAGCCUAUGGACCCUGAGCUCGCCCGGAAAGGCACGCGUAUUGCCGUGGUCGCCAACACGAUCUUCUUCUUUGGGGCUGUCAUCCUGGUGCCAUUCACACUAUUUGGCACCAGCUACAUAUACAGCAAGCCCUUCUUCACAGGCUGGGUGGUAGUCUCGUUCAUUUGGAUCUGGACGAGUGUGAUGAUUUGCGUUGUUUACCCAGUGGUGGAAAGUAUGGGGGCAUUGCGGAGCAUUAUGGGUGGUCUGUGGGGCGAUAUGAAGGCUGUGCUGGGCCGUCGCAAGGAGAAAGUUGCCGGGAUUCGCGACGCCGCGUGA